AUGGAAAGGUACAAAGCGUUCCUAAAGGAAAUAAAUAAGGAAAAUGUGAAGAUUAGGAAAAAGAUACUUUUUGUAAAUAAUAAAACAAAAUACAAAGUAGUUGAUGGAAGGAGGGUAAAUUACAACAAGUAUUUUGUAAACAGCUAUGAGACUGAAAAGAAGUUUAAUGUGUACAAAUAUUAUAAACAUAAAAUAGUUAAAAGUAAAAGAAAAAAAAAAGGGGUUCUUGACAAUUAUGAUUUUCCCUUCUUUGAAAUUUAUAAAAAUACAAAUGAAGCAUUUAAAAAUAAUCUUUCAGGAUAUAAGAUUUUUAAAAUUAUAAAAAAUUAUGAUGAAUUACAAUUGUUCAAUUUCUGUUCAAAAAGGGGAGGUAAUGGUAGUGCAAAAUGGUCUUACCUUUUUUCUCAUUUCAUUGAAAUUGUAAUUAAAAAAAGAGACCUCUACAGCAUUAGCAAUUUAUUGUUACUAACAGAUAAUUUAAAAAAACUAAAUUAUUACAAUCCAUAUUUUUGUAAAUUAAUAUGUAGAGAAAUAUUUUUAGAUUUACAUAAAAUUAGGAUAAUAAAUCAUAUAACACGUUUUCUAGAUUUUUUCAUGUUUUUCAACAUUUUUAAUUUUUAUUACUUGAACAAAUUUUAUAAAUAUCUUACUUAUUUUAUCACCCAAAGUAAUAAAUGGAGACUACUCCCCCAGGUGAACAAUUUGGAAUGUGCUUCAGAUGGAAAUUUAAAUGUGAAUGUAUUCACAAAAGAAAUUAUUGAACCCAUGUCAAACAGUGCAGAUGUGCAUCUAACACCUAUACAAAAUUAUGAUAUUAUUACCUUAUCUUUGUCAUUUCAAAAAUAUAAAAUGUUUGAUCCUGAUUUGCUUUACAUACUAUCAUAUGUGUGCAAUCAUGAAGCAUAUCCCCAUCUACAAAAUGUAGAAACGGUGUAUUCCUUAACCCAAUUGACUCAAUUUUACAAACUUUUGAACAUGUCUUAUUCUUCUAAUUUAUUCUUUAAUUUAUUUAAAAAUGUUUUAAGAAAGAAACAAUUAGGAAAUACCAAUUUUGUCUUGCUGUUAAGAUCAUAUUACAAUAUUUGCAAAACUUUUGGCACUACCUUCGAUUUAGACACGUACAAUUUGUUGCUCAAAAAUUAUGAACGGUCAGGUGAAAAAAAAAUAGCCAUCCUUGGGGAGGAGGAAGCUACUCCUCUCCCCACUUAUGUCUUAUCAGAAUGGGUAGGAAAAAAGGCAAAAAGAAAAAUAAAAAAAAUGAAAAGAAGUAAAAACACAGAUCAAGACGUGGGAAACGAGGGAAACCAAAUUCCAAGUGAAGUUACAUCGACAGACAAAAUGGAGGAAUCGCGAGAAACCAACAAGUUAAAUAGAAACGAGAUGAUGAGCCGAAAGCAGAAACGAAGGCAUGAAGAGGCACCAGCAAGAGCAGCAGAGGAAGGAGAAGCAGGAAGAAAAGUGGAACAGGCUCCAACUCGUUUCGAAAUGGAAGAUAACGAAAUAGUAAGAGAGAAAACCUACAUGAGUCCUUUUAACUCGGAUAUAAAUUCCAACCUGAAGAAGCAGAACCUAAAUGACAGCUUCUUAGUUUUAACUCACGAUUAUGAAACAACAAAUCCUUUGGAGAGUCGCUUCAAAGACAUACUUAACAUGAUAAAAUAUGUGAUAUUAUUCAUAGAAUUAAAAAUAAUUUCAUUCUUCCCCUUUGAGAAAAGAAAAACUCGAUCUGAAAUUGAAUUUUUUAAAAGAGCCAAUUUUGAACGAGAUUAUGAUAAAAAUGUGUAUAAAUAUAUUGCACAGAACAUUGGCAAGGAACAUAGUGCCUCUUUGGAGAAAUUACUAAAAAUGAAUAAGCAGAAGGAUUGGUAUGAACCGAUGGAAAAGGAGAGGAGCAUCUUCGACGAUUCAAACAUGUCCUUUUUAUUUUACUUGAAUUAUAGUCACAUGGGUGAAAACGACGUGGGAAAAGACAUGGGAAAUGACAUGGGAAACGAAUGGCCUGAGAAAUUUUCGGUGAAGCAACAACAGGAAUCAGAAGUGGUCACGUUGGAUGAUAUCAACAGAUAUAUAAAAUCCAAAAAAGAUAUUAAAUUUAACCUAACGGAUAGAACAUAUUUCUCUCACAUAUUUUCUCAUUUAUGCCAAACACAGCUAAGCGAGACGGAAGAGCACAUAUUGAAGAAUUGCAUUGAAUCCUUGCAACAUUUUGGGAACAAUUUUUUUCGGCUUGACGUGAAUGACGUAGCAGAUUUAUUCUACUCUAUAACGGUGUACCAAAUUGUUCAGGGUUGUCAAAACGGAAUGAUAACAAAAAAUAAAUAUGGGUACUCCAAAAUUAGGAAAUAUGGAGAAUAUGACAAAUUGUAUCGAAUAUUGUCUGAUGUUUUAAUUAAGAAAAUUAUAAACAUUAAUAGUGAAAAUAUGUACAAAGUAAUUUUAUCUUGUGCAAACACGGCUUACACGGACGUAUACUUGAACCACUUUUUAAAAAACUUCAACAGACAUGUAAAAUUUUCAAAAAUGAGGAAAUUCAUGAACUGCUAA